AUGGCAGCCACUACCCGCUUCCUCGUCGCCGGCGACACGGGCGGCGACCUCGCGCGCCUGUUCGCCCGCGUCGGUGCCGUCAACGCGAAGCACGGCCCGUUCGCCUUCCUGCUCUGCGUCGGCGACUUCCUCGGCGCCGCCGACGCCUCGGCCGCCGCGCUCGCGCCUUACCUGUCAGGCGAUGCGGCUGUGCCGCUGCCGACGUACGUGCUCGCGUCGCGGCCGGGCGAGCCCGACCCUGCGCUCGCGGCGGCCGGUCCCGGCGGCGAGCUCGCGCCGCAGCUCUUCUACCUCGGCAGCGCGGGCGUCGCCGAGCUGUCGGGGCUGCGCGUUGCGUACCUCUCUGGCGGCGGCGGCGGCUGCAGC